ACUGGGGUAAAAGGCCUAAAAGCAUAGGAUAAUUAAUGAAAAUCCAUCCAGCCAGCCCAACUGAGCUCAGACGCGAUUGAACUGAACUCUUCUGGCACAGACCGCGUCGGAUUCUCCAAAACAAUCGGAGAAAGAUGAUCGUCUGCGUCGCCGUCGUCGGCCACCAGAACAAUCCGCUUUACAUACAGAGCUUCACGGAAGCUGAAGAUGCGCUUAAGCUCCACCACAUCGUCCACUGCUCCCUCGAUGUCAUCGAUGAGCGAGUGAACAAUCCGAGCAAGUCAGGAACGACAUUGAACGAGGCAUUUCUAGGUCUGCUAUACCCAGCACUCAACUACAAAGUGUAUGGUUACUUGACUAAUACAAAAGUGAAGUUCAUCAUGGUCACUACUGAUUUGGAUGUCAGAGACACCGAUGUCCGAAGUUUCUUCAGGAAGUUCCAUGCCGCAUACGUGGAUGCCGUCUCAAACCCUUUCCAUGUUCCUGGCAAAAAGAUCACUUCCCGAACCUUCUCCGAAUCCGUUACCAACAUUGUUACCUCUUACUCUUUCAACUGAUGACCCUCUUCAUUGUAUGUUUCUGUUUCAUUGAACAAUUAUCUUUUCUAUUUCUGAAAUGAUAUUUCCUUUUUAACGUACACCAACUUUUCUAUUUA